AUGGCAUCCAUCGGCACCAGCUACUACGACGAUGAGCUAACCGCUGCUUCGCUUCAUCGCAUGUCUAAAGCCUAUACAAUCAAAUAUCUAUGGGUACUGCAGUAUCUUCUUCUAGUUAUGGCAAACGGUACGAAGAGUGGAGAUUUCCGGACCUUCCAAGAAGCAGCGUCAUUAGCCUCUCUUCUGAUCGAGGGCAUUCAAUACAGAAAGCUUCCCCCCUACGCACCAGAGUCAGACGGAGGAGACGUUGAUCUUUUGCGACGAUGGCAGAAGUGGAUUGACUUUGAGACAACUGUGCGGUAUGUGGAAUCAUCUUAUUUUGGACAAUCUGUACAUAUCUAA